AUGAGUUAAAAAUAAGAGCGCUUAAUCUUAUAAACAAUGUAUUUGUUGCUUUUCAUUUCAGUUAGUUAGGCUUAGCUACAAGAUUAAAUACCAGCUAAUAAUAAAAAUAGCUUUUGCGAUAGUUAAACUACUUAGUAAUUGCAAUAGUAAAAUAUUGAUUAUGAAUGCGUAGAUAAUAAUAUCAUUUUGCAAAAUAAACUUACAAUUGAGUUAGACUUAAAUUUAGUAAAUUUCUAAACUACUUCUAAAAUAAUCUUUGAAAAUUGUAAUCAAGUAAAAUUAAAUAAAGUAUACCUAAGCAAUUUAAAAAUGGAAAAAUAUUUUGGCAGUUUAAUUCAAUUAAGAAACAUAAAUAAUUUAUAAAUACAAAAUUUUACAGCAGAAUUUAGUAGAAAGAAUGAGGAUUUGCUUAACUUAAUAUAUUUUUAUUAAGUAUAAGUAACAUAGAUAGGAUGUUUUUUAGUUUAUUCAGAGUAAGAAGGCUUGGAUAAUCAUUAUUAAUUUCUAAUAAAUUCAUAGAAUUUGUAUUUCAAAGAAAUUUUAUUUUUAAAUAUUUAUUCAAUUAGUCUUAAUUUUUAUGGAAGUAAUUAGUUAAAUAUAGAUUAGCUUAGCAUAAUUUAAAAUAGUUAAUAUGAAAAAUAAUCAGUCUUUUUAGGUUAUUCAUUUUGCUAUUAUUUAUCUGAAAACCAAAUAAAUAUCAAUUAGAUUAAUGUAGAAAUUAAUAGCAUCUUUGAAGGAAUUAAUAAAUCGUCAAUAUGGUUUGCAACUAUCUAAAUUGAAAAUAGUUAAUCUUAAAAUCCAUCUGAUAUAAAUAUAGGCACAAUAGCCUUCAAAUCUUAAGAUAUUUAGUUUUCAAAUUUAGGAGUAAUUUAAUUUUAAACAGAGUAAAUGUCAACUUCUCUUAAAAUAAAAAAUAUUUUUUCAUAGUAGAUUGACAGUCAGUAUCACAUUUAAAUUCAAAUUCAAAAGAUAAAUAGUAUUUGGAUUGAUUAAUUAACAUUUGAAGGAUUUGGAAACUCUAUGUUAAACAAUUAUAACAAUAACAACAUUUUUUUUAAAUUAUAAAAUGUGCUUGAUCUGAAAAUUACAAAAAUCAUAUUUAUAAAAAAUAAUUUAGUAACUGGAACCCUAUUUGAUGGAAAUGUUUUUUAAUUAAGUAUAUAUAGCCUGGAGAUCUAACCUUUUAAUAAUUUUACAAGAAGCUUAAUUAAUUUAUAGAAUUGUAAUUAUGUUAGAAUUGAAGAUUUAACUGUAGAGGAGGAAGUAGAAUUUAAUGAUUAUUUAUUCACAUUUAAUAAUUUAUUAAAUCUCCAUUUCUACAAGUUUUAUCUGAAUAAAUUCAGUUUCAAGCAAGAAUCGCUAUUUUAUUUAAGCUAAGUUCAUGGGAUGACGAUUUUAAAUUUUGAAUUAUAAAAUGUCAAAACUUAUAAUCAAUAGAGUGCUAUCAUUUAUGUAGAUGUAACUAAUUUUUUUUUUGAAACUAUUUACGAAUACUCAUAUGUUCAAGUAAAUUUAAAAACAGAUCAUAAUCACUUAUAAUUCUUGAAUUUUUAUGGGAGCUUAUAUAUAUUUACUAUUGAGAAUUCUAAUAUAAUAAAUGGCUCAUCAAUUAAUUUGGGUGGGUGUCUAAAUUUCUUCAAUCCUAUAAUUUCUAUAUAAUAAUAAUCUCUAAAGCUCACGAAUACUACUUUAUCUUAAUGCUAAAGCAAAUAUUUAGGUGGAGCAGUUUCUGGAAUUUCAGUAUAAUUUUAGGAAGAAAGCUAAAUUAUAAAUUGCAGCAGUUAAAUUGGAGGUGCUAUUUAUUAAUCUUAUUAUAAUACAGGUGAUUAUGAUAUUAAAUAUUUUAAAAAUAAUGUUGGUUUCUUAGCAGCAGCUAAUUAUAAUUUAGAAAUGAUAAGUUUAAGAUUAGACUCAAUCUAAGAGAUAACUAGUAACAUAGAUGGCUAAAUUCAACUUAUAUAAGUUGAUAAAUAUAUCUAUCCAGGAAUAAUGUAUAUAAUAAAAAUUUCAAUUAAUGUUGAUGAUGUUUGGUAUUCACAAUAUAAUUAAUUAACUAAAUUUGGUAAUAUAUAUGACCUAGUUGUUGAUCCUACUGAUAAUUAUAUAGCAAGUACACCUGAAAAUUUGUAACAUAUUUAUUAUCCAUAUAUAUUAUGGUAAGCUAAAAACAUUACCUUUGAUGAUAAGUAAACAAAGUAAUUUAAGUUAAAUUAAAUCAACUUGGAUUACAAUUAUGAAUUAGACACAAGCCAAUACAAGAUAUACAAUGGAUGCAAAGAUUAGGGUAUGGAAAAAGUCUAUUUAAACAGCUAAAAUAAAUAAUAAUUCAUAUGCGCAUACUGCGAGAAUAUGAAGGUUAGCUAUACUGGAGUAUGUGUGAGUUGCCAAACUGAUUAUUUUGUAGAGUGUUAUUCGAAUUACUCAUUAUUAAGAUAAAACUAUUGGAGAUCAAACUAUACAGUAAACACUUAAGAUAUUUUAUUUUGCUCAAAUAAUCCCUAAAGCUGUGUAGGAGGAAGUGGAGUAGGAAAUGAGCUUUGCUAUUAAGGUCAUGUUGGAGCUCAAUGCUUAGAUUGUGAUAUUAAGGGAACUUUUUGGGAAGAUUAAUACUCUUAAGUAGGAUACUUUUAAUGCACUAAAUGCAGUGAUAUCUCCUAAAAUACAGCUAAAAUUAUCAUUCUACUUGUAUUCCUUGCUAUAAGCUUAAUCAUCAUAAUAAUGUCUUUGCAUAAAAGAUUGAGAAACGAAUUAUAUGCGAUUUACCUAUCUAAAAUGGGUAUAUUCUUUUUUGGAAAAACCCUAUAAAGGCAACAACUUUCAUCAGCUUACAUCAAAAUUUUGCUAUUUCAUAUUUAGGUUUUUAUGGUUUCUAACUAAUUUACAUAAGUAGAUAUCAUUUCUACCUUUUCUAAUUUCUCUUUUCUCUUUUAUAACCCGUUAAGCUCACCUUUCUUCUCGUUGAAUUGUUUGAUUUCUUAAUAUUGGCCUAAUGAAAGUAUAGGUUUUUCUAAUAUUUUGUUAACAUUUCUAAUACCUCUCUCAUUAAGUUGCUUAAUAGCUCUAUGUCCUAUUAUAUUAUAUUUCAUAAGCAAAAAGUAUUUUAGAAAGAGCUUAUAAAUUGCAUUCCUCUCGUUUAUUUAUAUUUUUAUCACAGUAUUUGACUCUAUUUUGCUAGAAAAAACCCUAUCAAGCUUCUUUUGUCUUAAUCUGGAGAAAGACAAAUCUUAUUCUCUGAUUGAUCUUAGCUUAGAGUGUGAAAACUCAGGUGAACUCAAAAAAAUAUAAAACCUAAGCUUAAUUAUAUUGAUAAUAUUUUUAAUUGCUCUUCCUUUAGUAAUUUUCAUCAGGUUAAUAUAAUAAAGAAAAAGACUGAAAAAAGUAAGGGUUAUGUACACAUUUGGUUUUUUGUAUAAUGAAUACAAACAUAAAUUUUAUUCAUGGGAAAUUAUAAGAUUUUUAGUCAGAUAUCUAUUAAUUUUAUUCACUUUAUCCCUUAAAGAGUAUCCUCAAAUAGCUUUAAUUAUGAUAUGCUUACUAUAAUUUACAUAUUUUGUUGCUCUUUAAAGCUAUAGUCCUUUCAUUUCUGCAUUUUUGAAUAACCUAGAAAAGAUCUCAAUAAUAAUAUCAGUAAUAUCUUUGCUUUCAUCAAAUAUGUAUUUGCAAUAAAAUCAGAAUGAAAAUUAAUCCAUCGUCGAUUUUAGAUUAGCUUUUUAUCUAAUUAUUUAAAUAAUAAACUUAAUUUUCAUAAUAUACUGCUUAUUUAUUAUUACAGUCUCAUUCUUGGAGUAAUAGUUAUACAAGCUAAAAAAAUACUUAAAUUGCAGAAUAUUUUAAAAAAUAACUUAAGUCGAUAGUAUAAGAAUAAAUUAAAAUAUUAAAAAACUAAUAAGAUGUGUCAGAUAAAUUAAACUAAGUUAGAAUAUAAUAUAAGACAAUACCAAAUUAUUAAAAUGA